AUGGAGCAAGAUGGCGAAGUGAUGGCAGAAAUUUGUGAGGUACUGGGCACGGAUGUGCUGCAUGUGAAGAAAAGAAUUGCUGCUCUUCUGAAGCAUGGCGAGCGUGAAGGAGGGGCACAAGGCAGCAGGGGUCAACCAAGCGUACCAGUGGACGAGAGACACACCGUUCAAUUGCAGACAGUGCCGUCAGUGGGACAGAGGUAUGGCGAUACCUGGGUACGUUCUCCGUCGCUGGGUUCGACCUUGCCGGCUGGGGAAGUGCGCGAUGCGUCAGUAUCUCAGGGCGUACUGACAUACCUGAGGUCAAUGGCGUGUGUGGACCCUGGAAAGUUCACAGACGGAAAAUAUGAGAAAGUUAUAGGAUGCGAAGCAACCCUCAUGGAGAUUCUUGGAGACGAUCAUCUUGGGGGUCGAGCAAAAAGUGUGUUCGCAGCCCUCCCCAGAACCACUAAAGAGCAGGGCCUAGAUGUGGUCAUUGGAGAAAUGGCCAGAUUACUGUCGCAUGAGUCGACGGCAGGAAGGAUGAGAGCGCUCACGGAGCUCAGGAACCUAAGAAUGAGACCCGGUCAGGAGGUAGCCGAGUUCUGUAUUGUUCUAGAAAAUUUGGGAGACGGGCCAAUCCAGACUGUACGAUUGAGGAACGGUCACAGUCUUAGUGAUUGGCCAGAACAUUUUCAACUGGUAGGAGCUCUACAUAGAGUGGAGCCCCAUAAGGCGUAUGAGGAGAUCAAACAACUAGCACUAAGCAUUGAGCAGUCUAAAAUUAUGUUUGGAGUUGAUAGGAAAUCAAGUGGGGUCCGGUGGAAAAGCAGGGCCACACAUUACCGUGGCCGUGAUUAUGGAGGUACCGCAGAAGAGACGGAAUCUCCCCACGAUACGGUGGAGUACGUCAGGGAGGAAGAGACGGCCAUCCCAAGAGAAAGAGGCUGGCAGAGCGAAUACCAAACAGCUUCAAACAUUCGUAGCGUACCUGAGAGACAGACACAGCACACUACGCCGAUUCAGCAUGGGUACGAGCAAGGGGGUACCGGAGAUAGGAAAUGCUACAAAUGUUCGAGGUAUGGCCACAUAGCCAGGAACUGCCCUCAGCCUUCAAUAAGAGUGAACCAUGAGAUCAUUAACCAAGCUCGCAGUCUUGGAAUGAGAACCAAAAGGGAAAGUGGAAAUGCAGAUGAGUUAGUAGGUGGUCGAUUCGUAAAAGAAUUGAGUAUGCUGGGUGGUAGUUAUCCAGCUCUAAUCGAUACAGGAUCGAUGAUUAGUGUGGUACCCGUAAAUAUUUUAGCAAAAGCGCAGGAUAAAGGAGUGAAUGUGGACGCGCUGAGACUGGUAGAGAACUCUCAGCUCACGCCAGUCUUUGACGCAUCGAAUAAGAGGAUGGCGUUUCUGGGAGCGGUAUACGUUGAGGCCGAGUUGGAAGGAGGGAAUCCGGGCCUUGUGCCGUUUCAUAUUAGCCCAAGUAGAAAUGACGAGAUCAUACUGGGAACUAAUGCCCUUAGUAAAUUAGGAGUCAAAGUGUCCGUACUUGGGAACAAAGAAGAAGAUGGCAGAGGGCAUCAAAGCGAAAAGAGGACGACAGUAGGGCGCAUAUACGUGCCAUCGCGCAAGGUAAACCGUGUGUCAAGGCAGUGCGAAAGGGAUGCCGUAAAGUUGAAGGAGUUUCUCGAAAAAGCAGAGGAGGGUUUGCACACGGCAGAGUCUUCACACCCUCUCCGCAGGAAAGAGCCAUGGCGAGACGCAGAAGAGGACACAAGAGUGGAGAAAGUAAACUACAAGUUGGAAAUAGUUUCAAAGAACCAAAGGGAGAAACUGCGUCUAAAAAUUGCAGAGCGCAACCAUGGAUGCUUGAAGGAAAAAGUUUUCUACAGAGUCGAAUUGCCACGGCCAGGCGUCAAG